CAGCAGGCGUGCGGAAGCAACCUCUGGCAGCGGCAGCGGCGAGUGGCCGCCGGAGGCUGUCGGCCGCGUCGUGUGCUGCCUGGCGUCCCUGCAGUACGUUCCCGCAGCUGACGUGGCCCUCCGGCUGCAACAGCAGCUCCUGCCGGCGCUGGCGGCGGCGGUGUUGUCGCCGGCGUUGGUUGCGGAGCUGUGUACGGCAUGGGCCUUAGUGCGGCGGGCCCCGCCGCCGGCUUGGUGGCAGUGUGUCGAAUCCGCAGCGUUGGAAGGGCAGCAGGCGCUGGCGGAGGUACCUCCGCAGCUGUUCGUGCGACUGCCGUGGACUAUGGCACAAUUGGGUCACGUGCCCUCGUACGAAUGGCUGUCAUCGUACGUGUCGUACCUGCCUGCCAUGUUGGCGGCGUUGCCUGAUUUGGACGCCAGCGGCGAGGUUGCAGGCACCGCCGUCGCAGCUGGGCAUCGGGCUUAUGACGCCAGCCCCAGCAGCAACAGCCUCGGAGUUCGUCGCGCGGAGGACCUCGCUAACCUGGUCUGGGCCCUCGGUACGGCAAUCCACGAGGGCAGCCACCCUCCGGCGCUGCUGUCUACCACGGGUUCCGGAGCCCUGCAAGCGCUGCUGCCCGCGACCCAUGGGUCGUUGCGCUCCAUGGGUCCCACGCAGUUAGUCUUGCUGGUUGAGGGGCUGGCCCGGGUACGACACCGUCUGCCGCCGGCCUGGGUUGGUGCGUUUGGGGAGCAGGUGCUUCGUCAGCUGCAUGCGUGCUGUCCUGCCGACCUCAUCAGCAUCCUCUACUGCCUGGCCUUCCUGGACGCCCAGCUGCCCGCACCCUGGCUCGCUGCCGUACUCGGACGUACGAAACAGCUCCUUCCCGCGUUGUUGGUUUCGGAGCAGCAUUCGUACCGGCUGAACGAUCUGGCAUGGGCGGUAGCGCAGCUGGACCCUGCGGGUGGGCUGGCCCGGCCUUUCCUGGAGCGCUUGGUGAGGAAACAGGCGGCCCUAGAGGAGGCUAAGGCUGCUGAAGACGAGGAGGAGGAGGAGAGCGGCGAUAGGGGUGUGGGUGAGGAUUUCGGCGAGGAAGUGGAGGAGAACAAGAGGGGCCGAACCAAGCGGCGUGUGCGGAAGAGCAGCAUUAGGACCGGUGGUAGAAGCAGGGCAGUAGCAGCAGGGCGCUUGCGACGAUCAACGCCUCCUCCACCUCCCUCCCCUUCCACUGCUGUCAACGGUGGUAGCAGCAGUGGCGGUGACAGCGGUAGCGGUGAGGGCACUGCAGCAGCAGAGGCAGCAGCACAGCGCAGGCUGGGAAGGCAGUCGCUUGCCGCCUGCCUUGCAGAUGUGAACGGUAGCGAUAACAGCCACAGCACUAGCCGGUAGCAUGGUAGUUGUUACACCUAUUGUACCUAUGCGUUUCUGGCGGGUUUUACUGUGUUGCUGGUGAUCUAGCGAAGGUUCCAGGUAUAGCUGUCCAGUGUUAGACGCCGGUUGUGAGGGGCACACUAACUGGCUUGUUGCGUACGGACCCAGUAAUGUCGGAUGUGCUAUGGUUGAGGGGAGCGAUGCGGAGUGUGAUGCGGAGGGGUGAGUGAGUGAUCGAGUGGCUGCAGCGCACAUACGUAGAGAGUGGGAGCGAAUGAUUGGAUGGACGGAUGAAUGAAUGGAUAAAAACGCAGGAUUGCAAUGCAUCGGACAGCGUUGUUAGUGUGGGAGUGGUUGCGGUUAUGUUGCCGCCGACGAGGCGGUCGCCGCUGAUGCCGCUGCUGCUGUUGCCUCUUAUCUUGGGAGGAAGGGACGUCUUUGGUCUAGACGCGUUGUAGUGGGCACGUUGAGGUUGCGGGGACCCAGCGGUGUAGUGCAUGUUGCGUUUGUGAGCCAGCGCUGCCCACAUUGCAGGCGAGGCCUCCAAGGGGGGAUCCAUGCAUGGGGGUCGGAUCAGCGAGGGGGUCUGACCAGUUGGCUACCCACGUACCCAACUCGAGGAAGAUGGGUGUCUACUCACAGUAUCGGACUUUGGGACCCUUGGACACAAUGUUUCCCAAAAAAGCUGCCGAGUGCCUUUCCCCCUUCCUGGGUUGUUGGCUUCCCAGGCAGCAUCGCGGUUGACGUGGCGCUGUUUCCGCCGUUAUGCGGAUAUCUGGCGACGCUCAAAAAGGCAUUGGGAGUGAUACCGGUUUGACUCCCAUUAGGCGCCUCAUUGCUGCCCUUCUGCCUUGUUGUUGCUCUCCUGCCAAAUUCUUGCUGUGUAAUGACGUCGACAGGCGCGCAAGUGCUCGUUUGUUGGUGGUGCUUCUUCGGGUUGCUUGGUUUUUGUCGUACCUUCAGACAUGUGUGUUAAGAAAACUGGUCAGACAUGUGUAUUGUGCGAGUGUGUUGUAAAUCUGAGGUUGUCACGUUUUACCUUGGCUGUUAUGUUGACUGCGUUUUGGUUGGUUGGUUGGUAUACCAUGUGUGUUUGCGUGUGUCUCUUGGGUCGCUACCCACUAUAGGUGAUUAAUAACGAACGAACGCAUUUAAAGCAGCAGCAGCAGCAGUAGGCGGGUAGGCAGUUGAGCUCAUGCCUUUUUGGCGAUUUGGGUCGGCUCUGUAGGAAAAGAGGAGGGCGUGCCGUACAUGCGCAGUACGGCAGGCACGCGGGCAUGCUAGUUGUCCCACAUGCGGUCCUUAUCGAUGUUGUCCAAGAGGGGAGGAGGUGGGUUGCAUUGGAGGAGAGGAGGUAGGUUGCAUGGAGGAAUGACACCCCAACUGGGCGUGUGCGAGAGGAGUGCUGCGCUAUAUCGUUGCAGAGGCGGCCAUUAGAUGGUGCCGUGUUACGUUACGGACAUUGUGAUCCGUCCCUCUGUUGCUGGGGAAUAAAGGAGGGCAGCAGGGAAGGAGAGGGGAAGGCAUCAUGGGGGAUAAGGAUAGCCCACAGGUUUGGGUACUGAGUUAUUGACACGCGG